AUGAGAAGGGAUACUCAAUUUGACGGACAAAUUGAGAGAAGACCUCCUCCAAGACGUUUUACUUGUGAAGAAGUAUUAGAACAAGUAAACAAACUCCCACCCCAUCUCCCUGGAAAUCAUGAGCUCUUUGGUGGUGUGAAGCAUAGGCGAGUUGCAGAAAAUCAUAAUUGGCGAAAAAAAAGCAUCUUCUACGAGCUUGACUAUUGGUGUUCAAAUAUUCUUAAACACAAUAUUGAUGUCAUGCAUGUUGAGAAGAAUGUUUGUGAUAGUUUAUUGGGCACAAUAUUGGACAAUGAGAAAUCCAAGGACACUACCAAUGCAAGACAUGAUUUAAAGAAGCUAGGCGUCAGAGAAUCGUUGUGGAUUUAUGAAGAUGAGAGGGGGAAGCUGUUGAAACCUCAUGCACCUUACGUGCUUAAACCUGAUGACAGGAUCAAAUUUUUAAAUGAACAUUUACCAAAUGUCAUCGGAUUGAAGUCACACGACUGCCAUGUAAUAAUGCAACGAUUACUGUCUGUUGGUGUUCGCAAGUUUCUCCCGAACGCUAUAUCGACCACCAUCUCUGAACUGUUCAACUUUUUCAGGCAAAUUUGUUCAAGGACUAUAAAUGUUAAAGACAUGGAGGUUGCUCAACAAGAUCUUAUUUUAAUCUUGUGUAAAAUGGAGUCCAUAUUUCCUCCUGCAUUUUUUGACAUAAUGAUUCAUUUGGUCCUUCAUUUGCCUGAAGAAGCAAUUUUGGGUGGACCUAUUUUUAUGAGGUGGAUGUAUCCAUUUGAAAGAUACAUGAAAAAAUUGAAGAACUAUGUAGGAAAUAAAGCACGUCCUGAAGGGUCGAUAGCAGAAAGUUACAUUAUUGAUGAGGCUUUGACAUUUUGUUCAAUGUAUUUCAAGGGGGUUGAAAUAAGGUUUAACUGUCUUGAUCGUAAUGAAGAUGAGAUAUAUGACUUGCACAAGUCUGGAUCAUUAGAGAAUGGCAAAGAGUUGCUAGCUUUAGCAUCUGGGUCUGAUCACUUAGGUACUUACUAUGAAGGUUGUAUUGUGAAUGGAGUUCGAUUUAUGGCUACCAAAAGAGAUGAGAAGAGGAGCACACAAAAUAGUGGAGUGUUUGUGGCAGGAACAGAAGGUUUUAAUUAUUACGGCACACUCACUGAAGUGCUAAAGUUAACCUUCACUGGUGUUUACUCUGUCACAUUAUUUAAGUGCAAGUGGUACAAUACAAAUCCAAGACAGAAAAAAACAAUCGUCGAGAACCUUAUCACUAGUAUUAAUGUCAGUGGUGUAUGGUAUAAAGAUGACCCAUACAUACUUGCUAGUCAAGAAAAGCAAGUGUUUUAUCUCGAUGAUUUAUUGAGAGGGAAAAAUUGGAAAAUAGUUGACAAUGUAAAUCACCGACAAAUUUGGGACAUCGUGGAUGAUGAUGCUAAUGUAGAAAUUGAUUUGGUACACGACACGAACUCAUCUAAUUUUGUGUUAACAGUUGAUCUUAGGGAGUUAAUUUUGCUACCUAAUCAACCUCCGAUGGACAUUGGCACUGAACCAAGUUCGCAUGUCAACGAAGAUGACCGGAACAUGGACGACAAAGAUGCUACUGAAGAAUCUGACGAAGAAAUUUUAGUUAACUUUUGUGAAGAUGAUGUGAAUGAUCAUUUAGUUAAUAAUGAUAGUGAUAUGGAUGAUUAA